ACACAAACAAUGAACGUGGCAGUGGUUGUGUAUGCGCCACAAUACAAACAGACCUAAUUGCGGCAGUAUGUGAAGUGAAGCAAGAAGACUCGAAAUCUAGUUCAGAAGAUAAUAACUUUAAAUCUACAAAAGUGAUAAGCAUUACAGCUGGAGCUCAAACAAAGGGAAGCGUGGGAGGCGACCAAAUAACGCCCACGAUUAGUGUUUGCUUUGCAAACCAUUCUUCGGAGGAAGAAUAUCGACGGAAGCGUUCGUUGGGAAACAGUGAAGAAAGAUCGUUUGAUAACGAGCAUCAGGAAGUGGAGGAGGUAUAUUUUACCAGCGAAGAAACCGAAGAGGAUGGUACCGCACCGGGAACGUACCACAAAAUGCCGGAACCGCCGCAGGAUAUGUCUCCCCUGGCGGAGGAUGACAAUUUCUCGGAAUCACUUUCCCAGCCAAACCAAUCCUCACUGGAACAGGCCGAGUACGACAUCAUGAUGGAGGGGGACAUACCGGCUCCGGGCUGUGUGGCUCCGGCACCAACCCCGGCCCCGUCGAUCGCUCCUCUGGCCGAGGUCGAGAUGGAUCCAGGCGACGACGAACCGGACACCGACGAGACGGACCAUACCGAAACGGUGACGGUUCACGUGACUACCCGGGAGAAGCAGGAACAGGAACCGGAAGCGUCGGCCGGUGCAACGGUCGUUAUCAUUGAGGAUCAGGUGAAACGGAAGAAACGUAGGGAGCGGAAGGAUAAGGACUCUGUUCAGCAGCAGAAAAGUGAGGAAGACAAUAGCGAGCGGAAAGGAAAUGCUGUGUGUCCUUGGGAUGAUGAGGAUGAUUCCGCCACCGAUGAUGCUCCAUAUGUCAAAACGUAUUCAACUCUUGGCUACUUGUGAAUCAUUUAUAGAAAAGUUAAAUGUAGUAAGUAAUGCAAAGUCACGUCAAGAAACGUUAGUUUGAGCUGUUUUCUGAGUAGUUUUUGAGGAAGAGUAUUUUAACUUCCUUUGCUCAACUACUAGUUAGUAACGAGGAUUAUGUGUGAGGGAAAUUGUGUUGUUACAGGAAAAGGCUUAUUUUGAAGACUUCUUACAAUUGGAAGGUAAUCAACAGCUACCAACAAAUGCGUACAGAGAUGGUAUUUUCAGAAAGAAUGAGUCAAAUUUCCAUUAGGAUUACGAUCCAAGCCCUAGAACUAAUUCUAUUGUGAAAUUUCUCAUGUAAACCAACUAUUGACAGUUCCAGAGUGGGGAAUAAAUACAUUCAGAGUGAAUGAAAAAGAAGGUGAUAAGAAAUAAUCCAUCCUCCCAGUUACAAGAUCUUUAGAGGGAUACUUGAUGGUCCAGAAUUUCUUUGUGGUGCACCCGCGAGCCCCAAUUUUGAGAACAUAACAGACAACUGACCAACUGAAAUGCAUCAAUCAACUACUGAACAGCCACUUCUGAGAUCAAGCUGUUUCUUAUCACAUUCAAAAAGAUGCAAAGGAUCGUGUAGAUGGUAACUACUUUUUGUGUUGGUUUUCUUCUUGAUUAGAUAAUUAGUUUGAAUCGAUAUCUCAAAAUGUGUUUCCACAUCUUAACAUCACGAAACGGGUGGAAAACAAGCCACUGCAUUUAUGUGGAUCCAUUACAUUGAAAUAUAACAUCAUGAACAAAAAAGAAACAAAUGAAUCUAAUCCAAUUACAUUCGUAUAAUAAUGUCUAGUUAAAGGAAAACUUAAAUGUUAGCAUUUAAUAUAAGAAAUGAAGAUCGAAGACAAAUGUUUUCUAUAGUGCAUCGACAACUUGGAGGAAUUAAUGAACGAGAAUAAAUGUAUCAAAAGUAACUUAGGUUAAGAAACUAUCAUUGGAUUCAGAACGGAUCAAUGUUGGAUUCAGUCAGGAAAUAUGAGAACAACCGUUCCUGUCAAUAGCAUUGCUCCUAGCAUAAGAAGUUAUUCAAUAAUCGUACUUCUUGCUUACGGCAUACUUUUUAGAGGAAUCAUGUGAACUCUACCAAACAUUACCCAUUACAGUAUAUUUGAAUACAAAAUUUGAGCAAAGUGUAUUGAUAUACGUCAUCUAUGGCAUGAGGAUGAAUUAAAGUCACAGAAUCAUAACAUUAUAGGAAACCUCUUUUUUUGUGGACGACUAAUUCAGUCGCAAACACAAGUUAUAACACAACAUCAUGGAAAGCUAUUAGAGUAGUGAAUAAGAGACAUUAUCCCUUUUUUGUUUACCAAUCAUAGAAAACCAACAAAAAAGUAAAAGGUCAAGGAAAUGUAAGCUGGCGAAUGAGUGAGCAAUAAAUUGAGCAAAGAAAAUUGGAAGGAACUGUCAUUUGUCAUGUGGAUUACAUUAAGUGUGGUUUUAAAAUGUUCAACAUGAUUAAUUUCAUGGGCGAAAUUUUAACUGCGUGUUAGGUCAACAUUUUCGGUAGCCAUUAAUUACCUUGCUGUUGAAAGAUGAUUGAAAAGUAGGACUGUAGAAUGUGUUUUUUUACUACUGUUCAUGGAAUCACUAUUUAGCCAGAGAAUGAAAAGCAAAAUUCUUCUUUUCAAAUGCGAUGGGAUGAACAAACUAUCGAUAUGGACUGCUGAAGCUUUCAUAUGCAAGAAUAAAGAGUGAAGGAAAAUAGUUUCAACUAAAAAACAAAUAAAAAAUAAAAUGAGGAGGUAUUGUAUUGUAGUUGGUAACGGAUUAAAGAUAAAUUGCGGUGCAGUAGGAGAAAGAUGAGAACUUGAUGAAUUCAGGAAGUUGAAUUUGAAAGCUGGCUUGCGCGAAGUAAGAUUAAUGAACUAGAACAAGGGUUAGCAAAUGACACAGAAAGUGGUUUAAAAAGUUGAGUAUUAACAUUUCCAAUGUUUUUUGUUUGCUUAUGAUAAUUUGCAAUUCGGAUGAUUCUAAUAGUUGAAAAACAUUGCAUGAGGUUCGACUAGAUUGCUUUCUGUCAAAUAAACGUUUUGUGGGGCCUUCCUUAGCCGUGCGGUAAAACGCGCGGCUAAAGAGCAAUACCAUGCUGAGGGUGGCUGGGUUCGAUUUCCGGCAUCGGUCUAGGCAAUUUUCGGUUUGGAAAAUGUCUCGACUUCCCAGUGUCCCAGUGGAGGAUGUAAUGCCAUUUAAAAGAAAAAGAAAAGAACGUUUUAUCAUUGCCUAUUCUUGAUAAUCUUCUCGUUGCAUGCUUUUCUAACUUGGCGGCAAGAACAAUGCCUUGCGUGUCCAAAAAUCCUAGAUCGUCUACGGAUUCAAAAUUCAACAAAGGUAAUUCUAGAGUAACUUUUUAAAGAAUUACCUUGUUUAUAUUUGUGAAGUGGAAGUCCACUGUGGGCAACGUUGAUAAUGUGAAGCAUUUGAUGCGUUCUUUUGGAAUCAUCUUAAUGCAGUCCAAAUUGUUUACCUUUCAUCAAUGUUUCCAAGGAUGUCUAUUUGAUAUAGGUUGAGUUUGCCCAAUAUGCACCCUUUAAGCUUUUGCAAUAUUUUACUUAAUAUGAACUGAAAUAUCAAAUCAUUCCAAAGUGCAACCUCAAACUCGUUUGAUUUUUAACGCAUUCAAAUUGUGUUAAACUGUUUCGUUUAUUAUCACAGCUUCAUCAGCUGGCUCUAUUAAUGUAGAAACUUGGCAUUGAAUAGAUACCAUUUUAGAAAUUUUAGAAGAAUAUAAAAAGCAAAAGCUGGUAAUUUCAUGCUAUGUUUUCUUUUAAACUAUUCAAACUAUUUACAAACAAACGGAUUCUUGAUUCCAUGAACGAUUUUGUUUAGCACAGUAUUACAGUUUUGGUUACGCUACCAGUACACGCUUUGCCAUAUCGUCCAACAUUUUUCCUGUCAGACUGACAUCCAUGUCGAUGUCUCAUCAGAUGCUAGAAGCAAGAUGUUUAGAUGGCCUUUUUCACAUACUUGACGACUAGACAAAGAGUGUACUGCGAGCUUUAGAUAACGGGUUUUUGGAAUGAAACAGUCGGAAAUGAUUCCAGAUAUUGGAAAUCAUGUUAGUCUAUCAAUGAAUUAAAUUUAAUAUCCCAGCAGAAGCAAAGGGUGAGAUUCGUGUAUGUAUAUGAUUGUUGUUUAAGCUAUAUAGCUACUAAAAUUGCUAUCAACCCUCUCGUUCUUCUAACAAAUAAAGCAUACAAAUAUAUCUAAAAAAAUAUCUCAAAAAAGCAACUGGAAAAACACUCCUUUUGGACAACCAAAACGCAACCAUUUACUUAUUAGAUCUUGUCUACAACAAAGUGAAAUACGAAAUACAUUAUCAGAGGAAAAAUAAAGCCACCGGAUAUAGAUCAGCGUAAACUAUUUACUUUAGAAAAAUUGUUACCCUCUUUAACCAACAAAUAGCGUUAAGAAUCAAUUCGCGUAGAAAGCCACAACAAUAUUCCAAUCAAACCGCAUCUUUUAACGGGUAUAAGCUAAUAAGUGGUAGUUUGACAUAUGGGCUUAACAUGAAGCUUCUAGAUGCUCCCAGCUGUUCUACGGCCUUUCCAAAUGUCGAAGAGAGAUGCUUUAGAAACUAGUAAUCAUUAUUGCUUGAAAAGCGGCGAUUUUUUAUUAGUUCGCAUUGUAUAGGUAACAUAUUUUGCCUCUGUAUCGGUUCCUCAUCUAGCGAUUAUUUAUUGCUUGCUUGCAAAUUACUUUCGGUUUGAACCAAACCACAUCAUAAAACUCUCAUAGCAAAGCUAAAUAUAAUUUAGUUACAAAUCGAUACUUUACUUGGCUCAAAGCACCAAUUUCAAACUCGUCGCUUUCCUAUUAGUGAGAGAAACAAAACAACAAAAUUUAAGAGAUUCUAUAAUGAUUAAUUAGUACUAGAUAAAAUAGAAGGAAAAACAAAAUGAAUUCAAGACAAACAAACCCAACACAUCGCGACAGUUUGUUGAAUUUUAUCGCUCGUAAAAAAUAAACUAGUCUAGUGAGAGAAACAAAAUACAAACAGAGAUUUAAAAAUUGUCCGAGAAAUGUAGACAUUUGACUUGAUUAUAUUAGUGAUUAUAAAACUAAGAAGUAAUGUUACUAACAUAAAUAUAAAAACAAUGCUAGAUGGAAGAAGUUAAUGAAUACAGAAUAAAAUGCCAGUUAGUGUGCCGCUGUAUGUUGGAAAAAUACAUUGAAAAAUAGAAGCGAUUCGAUGAUGGAACAGAACCGAAAAAAUAAAGGAAGGUAAAUGGAACGACCAUAGCUGGUACCCUGGAUCUAAGCUGCAUCAUUCAGCCACCCACAUGUUGCAGUCCCGUGCGCAACCAGGAAUAUUUGUAAUGAAUUUUAUUUUUGAACCAUUAUUAGAACCCGAAAAUCUCUGCAAGGGAUGACAACAUGAAAAAAAUAAUGAUCAAACAUGUACGAAAUAGUAAUUUGUUGUAUAAUUAAAUCGAAAAAAGUACAAUAACACAUAAAAUGAGAUUGGUAAGAAGCGCAAAAAGUAAAGAAUGACAAAAAUGUUAAAAAAAA